AUGAAGACAUUAGCAAUCGUCAUUUGUGCGGCUGCCAUGGAAUUAGCGAAAGUUGAGUCAGAACACGCAGUCGCAUCAGUUCCGUCUUUGAAGAGUGCUCUUUCCUUUCCAAAUAAUAAACACAUUAUGGCAAUCCCAACAGCAAAACUGGAAGCAAAUCCGAGAACAACUGAGGAGAACUUCGGAUUGAGCACUCCGCAACGAACGAAGCGACAGUUCUAUCAAGCUAGAAGUAUCGAAUGUGCUGGAGUGGUUUGUCCUAGACCUUUACGCCAAAAACGUUUUAUUGGAAUUGGCUUUCCUGGAUUUGGCGGCUUCUGGCCAGGCUUAUUUGGCGGUCUGAACUUAUUCGGUGGUUUGGGUGGAUUGGGUGGACUUGGUGGAUUUCCUGGAGGGUACCCUGCAGCGUGCUGCUGUUGUUACGGUUGA